AUGAAUCGCAAAAUACAGACAAGAACGGCCCCGUCAUCUGGCGAGGGGUCGAAACGGAGGAAGAUUGUCGCUUGCAAACGAUGCCACUCUCACAAAAUCAAGUGCUCCGGCGACCAGCCCUGCGCAAAAUGUUGCACCGUGGGUUGUGCAGAUGAAUGUAGCUAUCCUUCACCAGACCCCCAGGUCAAGGUCAGUGCAAGCACGGAAAACCGACGCUCGAAGCAACAAUCGGCAUCCUCGGCAAACGUGACCGAGCCCGGGCCGACGCGGCCUGCAGAUGGGGCAGCACCAGAUGAAAGCAAUACGAGUGUGCGAAAUCCUCUCAUUGGGGAUAGGGCAUGGUUUCAUGCUUAUGGCCCUUCGGCACCCCCUAUCUUUGUGGGCGAGGCCGCUUGCACCGCAUUUGCCACUCGAUUUCGUCAGUUCUUAACAGGAAGUAGUGCGACAGCUCAUAUCGCGCGAACGCAGUAUGUCAGAGAGGAGAAUCUCGCAGUAGCCAAUUCGGGCGAGAUACAAUGGCCGGGUCUCCCGCAGGCACGUUUGCUGGUCCAGAUUGCGCUUCGACAGAUUGGCUGCAUCUACCACGUUCUGCUCCGCAAGUCAACCCUGGAGAAACUGGAGGAAAUCUACCGGACUAAGGAUUUCGAGUGUACUGUGAACCAGUGCAAGUUCUUUGCCUUGUUUGCGUUUGGAGAAGCAUAUUCCAUGCGAAGCGAACCGUCGUCGGGAUCUAGGGUCCCGGGCACUUCGUACUUCGCCCGCUCCUUGAGUUUGGCGCAAGUACUCCCGGAGCGGACCAGUGUGUCACUAUUUUCCUACUAUCUCAACCGCCGGCAUUCGGCAUAUGUGUUGAUCGGCAGUGCCCUGCGCUUAGGAUUAUGUAUUGGUUUAAACCACAAUAUUCCCGAGUCCCAGCUCAUUGACCCAGUGGAGCGUCAACACCGGAUACGGAUCUGGUGGACGAUUUACAUCUUCGACCGUAUGUGGGGGUCAAAAAUGGGGUUCCCAGCCCAGAUUCUGGAUGAUGAUAUCCAUCUUGAUAUGCCCUCGAGCAUCCUGUCUACAGCGCUAUACGAGGAGCAAUUCUCAGACGCGGAGUACCUCAAAGCGAAUAUCAAGCUGGCCCGGAUGGUCGGCGAGACGAUCGCCAAACUAUACAGUCGACGCCGGUAUAACGAGACAUUCCUGCAACGAGUACAGAAACUCCUCAAAGCAUUAAAGAACUGGGUCGACACCCUACCAGAGCAUCUGCGACUCAAUGUCGAAGAGCCCGAGAUGAACCGCAAGCAUAUCACCUCUCUACACCUUGCCUUCAACCAGUGCGUCAUCCUGACUACCCGCCCAACGCUGCUACAUCUCCUCAGACUCAACGAAAGCGACACUCCAAGUGCCCGCAACCCUGAAAGCAUCUCGCAGCCUGUGCUCACGCUAGGAGAAGCCUGCAUCUACGCGGCCCGCCAUUCGCACUCCCUCAUCGUCUCCAAAUGGAUCAACGGCUCGCUCCCUGUAUUCGGCUACUUCCACGCCCAGUACCUUUUCUCCUCUUCCUUGAUCCUCGCCAUGUCCAGUUUCGUCCCCAUCGGCAGCCCCACAGACCUGGGGGCCUUCGAAACGGGCCUCGAAGUCCUCUCAUCCAUGAGCGAGAACGGGAACCUCGCCGCCUCGGAAUUCUACCUAAACCUCGAACAGGUCAAGCAUUGUCUUGACCGGUACGGCGCUGAGCGACAGCGCCGCGCAAACCAACCAACCCAACGAAACCAGACCCUCACCAGCACCGCCGUCGGCCUGGGUACGCAGAAUCCUGCAACGUCUGCGUCUCAAUUACGCAGCUAUCCAGGCGUUCCAUCAUCCCAUGCGGCUGCAAAUAAUAGCCCGGCCGCAGUGUUGGGCCCCGUAGCCGGACUAAACAUGAACCCCGUAGGAGAAUACUCUCACUCUCAUCCUCAUCCUCGGUCCCAACAGCCAGGCCCGGAAGAUGGAAUCGCCUUCCGAGAGCUAGCCGGUGGGUUUACAACGGCAAUGGCAUUCAUGGAGCCAACGAUGCAGGAUUUCCUUGCCCAGUCGGAUCUUGACCUGGGGUUGAUGCAUCCCGUGGACCCAUUUAUGACUGAGUCCGAGAAUUUAUAUUCCACUCAUGGGAUGUAG